GAGUUAGCUGAUGCUUUUUAUUUUAUUGAAGCGGGAAUGGCAAAGUUAGAGGAGCAAGAUCCUGAUACAGAGAGGUUUGAAAAAGUUUACCGUACAGUUACCGAAGGUCUGAGAUGCUAUGGGGCUAUUUAUGAUGAGGAAAAAAAAAGCUUUGUCUGCACAAAAUGAUUCAGAAACACCAAAAUGCUUCAGUUUGUCACUUCAGCAUUCAGCAGUGCCUGUCUUUGGGUGCUGCAGUUUCUUAUAGGAGCCAUUGUGCUUUUAAAUCCACAUGCAGAGACAAAUCAUCUGGAAAAUUGGUAUUCUGCAAUGAAGCUAGAGUACAGUGUGUAGUGCAAACUUGGGGGCACUUUGCAAAGGGGUUCCCAAAACACCUUGUGUCCUCUUACGCAGACACACACACACACAAGCUGCUUAUAACAUUUUCAAUAUCUUUUAAAGAUUUGAUGCAGGGUUAUGGAAAAAAUACGGCUCUGUCCUUCGUUACCUGAAUAUCACUGGAUUACUCCUGAGCUCAGCUACUAAAGGGUAUCAAUGACCAGUUUAGAAAUAUUUCAGAAGGGUGCACUGCAAAAGCUCUUCACCUCUGCUUACAAAGAGGUCACAUCUCUGAAGGCUAUUAUUUCAUCAGUAGUGCUGCUAUAAAUAUAGCCCAUAGGGCUAGCUUGCCUUUCUUAUAUUCUGCCUUUCUUACAUUCAGCAGUAAUGGAGGGAACCUGCAGGCCUUUCUCCUGAAAGACAUUGGCUUCUGGCUUGAGGCCUAUGAACUUUGCCAAAAAUAAAUGGCCCAAUAGUAACCGCCAGCUGGAAAUAGAAUGUGUAGAGAGGGGGAAUUUUGUUCAUAAUAACACUGGCCACCCACAGGACCAUAAGCUGACAUGAACAUCCACAAAUGAUUGAUCACAACGGUGCCAUGGCAAUGAAUUAGCAUAUAUGAUAAGUUGAGGUCAUCAGUAUCCUGUUGAGAUCACCUUAGAAUUAGAAUGAGGCAUAAGUGCUGACUCUGUGGGUACUCCAGGGCUUAGCAUCCCCUGGCAGUUGGCUCCCUGCCCUUCCCCCAAAGUGUCUCCUGCCCAAUGUGAUCAGCUUUAUCUUCCCUGGAGCACAGACCACAAAGUAUAUGGAAAUUGCCUCCUCCAUCAAUGUGGAGGAACAGGGGCAGAUGAGGAUUUUGCAGGGCCCAGGGCAGCACAAUUUUGCAGGGCCCCCCCUUUGACACGGCGCAUGUGCCCUGCCCUAUAUCCGCCACUGUGGAGGAAGGUACACACGGUUUUCACACACUCUCGUUAGAGAUUACAUAACCUGGAUUAUAUUACAAAUAAGAAAUAAAUGUAUUAACUAAAAAAGGUGUAUUUUAAGUGGUUAAAGAGAUAGCAAACAGAACAAAGCAGAUUAUUAAGAAAUAAUACAAAGCUUGAAAACUAAGCUAGAUUGACUAAAUAAACCAGUUACAAAUAAAUAAUAAUUCCUCACUCUAGAUAUUGUUUUAGGUAGAGUCCUUCACAGGCAAGCGACAUCUUUCUAGCCUGGGUCCAAUACUCCCUGCCUUCUCUAGUUCAAGACCUUUUGUUUCCAGAUGUUUUCAAAGGUUUUAUUUUUGUAUUUGUUAAUUGUUGUGGGGAGGCAGAGGAAAAGCACAUUGAAGACCUUAAUUGUUUUCCUCCCCUGCCUUAUAUGGAAUUUUCAUAAGGUGGAAAUUCUUUGUUUGAUUCUCCUACCUCAUAAUGGAACAGUCUAGCAAAUCAAGAUGCAGGUUAGUAUCAGGUGACCAGGUCACCUGACUCUGUAGCAUCAGAACAUCUAUGAGUCAUUGGCAGUAUGGGGUGCUCACAGGAAGGCCAGGCCUUUCCACAGUUUGUUGUCCUCACUAAUGGGCUGUCUGCCCUGUCUGACUUUCCACUAUAGUACCUGAAGUGUUAGCAGGAGACAUCACACAAAGUAGCAUAGGUUGUCCAGCACUCUUGUCUGGCAACAUCCAUGGUCUGGCAUGAUUUUAGUUAGCUGGAUGUCCACUCACCAUGAGUGUGGCCAAUUUUCCCAUGGACCCAUAAAAAUUGUUUAUAGCCAUCAGCCUGGCUCUUAGUGUUCUUAGCUGUUAUUUAGCUCUAAUGGACCCCUCAGUGUCUUCUAACAGCCCAGUCAGCAGUGGAAGUGUUGGUAAUGCUACUAGAAAAUAUUGACCUCCUGUAGUCUGGCAAAUUCUCUAGUUUGGCACCAGUGAGGUUCUGAGAGUGCCGGACUAGAGAGGUUCAACCUGCACUAGUAAUUAAAAUGUCAGAGUUGCAUGUAAUUAUGGGGACAUGGGGAGGUCAGACAGUAGGGUUCAAAAAUGAUUAAGUCAAAACAUACAAAGUAAAUAUACACAAGUCAAACUCUGACAAGUCCUCAAGCAACAUUUUUCUUACAUUCCCUUUCUGUAUGUUUUGAUUAUUAUUGAUUGAACUAUUUUUGUCAGUUUGUGUGUGUACUUUGAAAUUGACAUUUACCAACAUUUAUAAUUAAAAAUUAGGGCUAUCAAUUAAUCAUAGUUAAGUAAUUAACUAAAAAAUGAAUCAUGAUUUUAAAAGUCAAUCACAAUUAACUGCAGUUUAACCAUACUGUUAAACAAUAAAAUACCAACUGAAAUGUAUUAAGUACUAGAAGAUUUACCUGGGAUUGCUUGGGUUCUUCAGGACUAGGUGUGUGGGUGCAGGAGUUAGGGCAGGGGGUUGGGAGGUGUGGGAAGGGACUCAGGGUAGUGUGUGGGGAUGCAGGAGUUAGGGCAAGAGGCUCAGAGGGGUUGGGUGAUUGGAGGGUGGUGAAGCACUGGAACAGGUUGCCAAGGGAGGUGGUAGAACUCCAUCCCUAGAGGUAAGUCCCAUCUUGACAAAGCUCUGGCUGGGAUGAUUUAGUUGGGGUUGGUCCUGCUUUGGGCAGGGGGUUGGUCUCCAUAACCUUCUGACAUCUCUUCUAGUCCUAGGAUUCUAUGUUUGUUUCAUGGCUGGGGCUAGCAAGUUUGUACCUGUAGAUGCUGUGUUUCUAAUUGUGCUGGGAAAAGGAGUUCAUGUCCCCUUGGGAUCUUACAAUGCACACAGAACCUUGAAACCCUGGCAGCAUUGGGACUGUCUGAGGAAGGGAGGAAUGUCUGCUCACUGUGAGCCUUCUGCCACACCAGGGCAAUGUUUUCUCUGUCAUGAGUGUAUGACUGGACCGAAGGCAUAGUCGGCUUAGCUACUCAGUACACUCCUUUUAAAUGAUCAAGUGUUUGUAAAUAUGUAAGUUUGACUCGAAAUUUCAACACAUUAUAUUAUUAUAAUAACUACAUCGUUCUUGUGUGGAUUGUGCCCCAUACGUUACUGAAACAUUCUUUAAUGUGAUGUUUGGUGUGGAAUUCCUCUGUGUCUGAGGAAUCAUUUCAGAGACACGCAGCAAAUGAACAUGGAACAUUUCCGGUCCACACUCAAAUAUUGGUGUAAAUGGUAAAUGACAAGAUGAUGUUUCUAAAUGACUGUGCUAAAAGGAGCAUCCAGAUUCACCAAGCCCCUUCCUGUUCAUUUCUGAUUAGGCAUUUGUUCUGUGGGAAGGGAUGAAGCCAUGAAAUCAUUUCUGCAGUGCCAAGCGUGAUGCAAUCCCAGAGCACUGAGUAAAAAUAGAAUGUCAAUGUUGUUUUUCUUUCUGUUGUGCAGGUGGAUGUGAUGUCUCCCAGGGACAGAGUCAAUGUCUCCAAACCCAUCAGUGGAAUCUGGAGAGAGAAGGAAGGACAGUCUCUCCCCUGGUGGGAAGGUGGCCUUGCAAUUUGAGUUACGAGGACAUGAAGAGAGAGUCUCAGAGGAACGGAAAGAGGCUUCAACUUGUGUCCGUAAAGAGGCUGAAAACCCUGUGCUUAGGAGAAACUAUGGCUCUCCGCAUCACAAGCUGGCAGAUGCGACAUUCUUGAGUGGCAGGCUUCAGGGUCUGACAGCUGUGAAAGAUGCCAUGGAGUCUCAAAGGAGAAGGAAGGACAACGUCUCCCCUGGAAAGAAUGUGGUCCUGCAGCCUGAGUUCCAGGGAUAUGAAGGGUGGAGACGCGCCCAGCUCUAUGCAGGCUGCAGAACACCCAUGUCUUGCUCCAGUGCGGCCCAUGGCCUGCAGAGCCAGGGAAAGAAAAUGGCUGUGGCAGAGCCGGUGACCUUCGAGGAGGUGGCUGUGUAUUUCUCUGAGGAGGAAUGGGCUCUGCUGGACGCGGGUCAGAGAGCUCUCUACUGGGAUGUGAUGCAGGAGAAUUAUGAGGCUGUGAACUGGCUGGGGUUUUCCUUUAGGCUCAGCACAGAAAAUUACUCCUGUCUAGAUUAUCUCUCUAUUCCAGCAGGUGAUGGGACGCUGAGGGAGAACAGUGAGGAGAGUCUUCUUCAGGAAGGACAGGAACAAGUAUCUCUAUGUGAGAUGCUAUUGGAAAGAUCUGAAGGGCAUGUUUUCCAGAGACGUGAGCAGGGAGAGACCUGUGAGAGUGAGCAUAGCCCAGAAAGACAGCAACAAAUCCAUCUGGUUCAGGGGCUGAGUAAAUCUACUCACAAGAGAAGAAGAGUAAAAAGAAACACAGAAACAGUUCAACAGAAAAUCGACCAUCAAAAGGGACCCAGUACUUCCAGUGACUGUGGGGAAAUCUUCCAAUGUAGACAGGCCAUAAUUGUACACCAGAGUAUACACUCAGGGGAGAAACCCUUCAACUGCUCUGACUGUGGGAAAAGCUUCAGUGAGAGGUCAAGCUUUGUUAGGCAUAGGAGAAUCCACACAGGAGAGAAACCCUUCAACUGUUCUGAAUGUGGGAAAAUCUUCAGUCAGAACACACACCUCGUUCGACAUCAGAAAAUCCACACAGGCGAGAAGCCCUUUGACUGCUCUGAUUGUGGGAAAAGCUUCAGUCGGCGCUCAAAUCUUACUAGUCAUCAGAAAAUACACAGAAAGGAGAAACCCUUUAACUGCUCUGACUGUGGGAAAAGCUUUAGUCGGCGCUCACAUCUUAUUAGUCAUCAAAGAAUACACACAGAGGAGAAACCUUUUGACUGCUCUGACUGUGGGAAAAGCUUCAGUUGGCGCUCAAGCCUUAGUAAACAUCAAAUAAUGCACACAGAGAGAGACUAUAACUGCUCUGACUGUGGCAAAAGCGUCUGUCAAAGUGCAGACCUGAAUCUACACCAGAGAGAAACUUUCUGCUGCUCUGAUGGCAAAACCUUCAGUCAGAAUGCAAACCUCAUUGAAUAUCAAAGAAUCAACAUAGGCGAGGAACUGUAUAACCUAAGUCCUCUUUAAGCUGCAUGGCCAUGUGUAGCAAUCUAUUAAGUGCUGUGGUGGAAAGAGAUGCCUCUAUGCACUAACUUGUGGCCAGUGGACUAGUAGCUAUCCCAUGACCAGUAGCUAUUCCAUGGCCCCAGCCCUAGAGUUGUCAUGGCAGGGAGAGGUGCCUCUCCCCCUCCUUACAACCACCUGAGUUGGGGGAAAGAGAGCUGGUGGGAAUCUUCUUUCCCCAUUGUAGCCCUUCAGUAGACUGUACCUCAAACCUCUCAUUUUUAGUGCACCCCAAAACCCACACUUCUAGCUUUUCUCCCAUUCUGUCCCAGCCCUGUACCCCCUUCCUACAAUCCAACCACCCAAGGCCCACCUCUACCACAUGAAUUUUGUUCUGUGCAUCAAUAGGUAUGUUAUGCAUUCCCUCCAUUUUGGUGCCCAUUACAAAUUCAUUCCGCACAUGUGUGGGAAAAAUUGGAUGGAACACUGUAUAGCUGCCCUGAGUAUGAGAGAAGCUUCAGUGAACACUCACACCCUAUUGCACAUCAGACAGUUCACAUAAGACAGAACCUCUAUAAUUGCUUUGACAGAAAGCAAAGGUUCAAUUCAGAGAACACAAAGAGGAGAGACCCUAUUUUAAUGUAAUAGGGUUUUCUGGGGGCACCACGGAACAGAUCAAAUCAGGUGAAUUGCUUAGAGACAGGGCUACUUACAACUGAGACGGAGCGGGCUGUGUCUGGGCACAGCUGAGGGCGUCCUCUCAGGGUGAAUUGCUCAAAUCCAGGGCUCCUUACAGCCCCCAGACUGGUGACCUCUCCAAACAGGCCACAAACCAGUCCCACAGAGCGCUUCCGCCGCCUGCCUGAA